AUGUGGGGGGGGGGCUUGUUGAUGCUUGGGAGGCGAUCUGCCGGUUUGGCGCCCCGGCCGCUUUGUGAGAUGCUGGGGACAAGGUCGCGCGGCGGCCGCGUGCCUCCCGGCGCCCGACUCGCCGGAAACAGGGUGCUGCGCAAGGUGUGCCGAAGUGGGAAGGGAUUUGGGAACCCAUCUUCGCCAUCAUCCGUCCCAAGGAAGAAAAGAGCGAAAGGAGAGAAGCAACGAGGGAAGAAGAACAGCACGGCAGAACAGGCUGCUUUGGAUGCACUCCAGACUGGUAAAGGACCCAAAGGUGUGCGACCAGUAGAUAUUGAGGAAGCAAGCAAAGGUCGGCUAGAUUUUGUACAGGUCAAAGACUGGGGAACGGGCAUGCCUGAUGAUGUGGGGAAGCUGGAAGUCAAGUCGUUCAAGCCUGUAGUCCAGGAGUCUGACCUGCAGCCAUUCUAUGAACGUCUGGCUAGGAAGCUGGAGACGUUGCAGACACAAGGGGCGUUGAACAUUGCCCAGCAGAAGCCGAUGCCUCCCUUUGAAAAGUGGAGCUUUGGGGAGCACAGAUAUUGCUCAUAUAUCUGCGACCAACAGCACGUUCACAAUGCACUUGAAACAGCAGUGGAAACCUGCACCAAGCACAGCGCAGUUGUGCGAAAAGAUGACACAACAAGAAAAGAAGCCCAAACGGAGAGCGCCCUCACAAUGCUGCACCAACUUUUGGAGACUGAAGGCCUGGCAAGAUCACAGCAGUUUGGCCAAGACCUUGCAGCAAUGAUGGCAACGCAGGACACAGAAUGUGGGGCACAGCUGCCCUCUCCUUCUCCAGAGGCAGUUGCAUAUGCACGGUACCUUCAACAGUUGUCAAGGACAGCAACUUUGGAUGAGGAAGACGAGGAGGGCGAAUCCGACAGAACCCUUUGCCGCCUAAUGGCCAAUGGCUACACGAUCAUGAUCACACAUCUGACAACAGGGUUCAGAAUAGGUGCAAGGGCCACUGAGGAGCUUGGCUUAUUAACUCGAGGUGCAACCAACGCAUUUCAGUCAUACCCUGAGUCCACUGGAAACCCAUUGGAAACAUUCGUUGAAGGCAUGAACAGAAUCGGCCCCACACUGACCACGGAACAACAAGAACACAUGUUCGAGGAGCUGGCGCCUGCUUUCACAAAGACAGCUUUGCUUUUUGUGGCACUGGCUCAUGAGGACUGA